CAGCGAAGCUCGGGCGACCAAAUCAUGCUUCACAAGGCAGCCCAGGUGGCUGAGAUGACCACGGCCUCGCUGGUCAUGCAGGAUGCCUGGGUGAUCGUCGCACCGGCUGAAGCUGCUGCUGAGGAGGAGGAAGGCCGAUGGGUCUUGACGAAGCCUGAGCUUGCUAUCCGCUUUCGAGUCCGAUCGGGGGAAGUAUGGGGGAUUUCUUCAGGCAUGCAGGAGCAGAUGCAGGCAACGAGCUCUUCGACUACCUAUUCUCGAGGACAUCUUUUCUUUGCUGUAAUGCCGCCUUCAGAGGGAAGAGGGCUAGACUCCGACGAUACAGCAAGGUUUGACAAGGAUGACGAUGACGAAGAAAGCGAAGAGCAGGCAGAGUGGAGCGAUCAACAGAAGUCGUCGAACAACCCGACAUCUUGGACAGAGGAUCUGCAACGUGCGUGUUACUCUUGCCUUCGGCUUCGUCUGUAUGACAUGUGAAAGGGAAUUGUUGUAGUUUAGGAUACAUCUUGCCCGGUGACUUGUGUAGGCUCAAUCGUUCAGCGUUUCUUCAACCAAUCUGACGGUCAUCUCCUCACCAUCUCACAAAGUUCUCUCAACUCCCAGGCUUAGUCGGAACCAGAAGAAAUUCAGUCGUGGUCCGAAUCUUCUUAUCUCACUGUGUCACUGUGCUUUCACUCUGAUGAAUUCUUAAAUAUUCGGCAAUAAACUCAGCCUGCCACUG